AUCGUUGAGAGGUCGCCCAACAUUUUGUGAUUGGUAAGGGCGACCACAUGGUACACGACUCUAUACGUAAACCCCCCCCGGCUCAUGUCGGUUACACGGGGAUCAUCGUCUGCUCUCGCCGGAACCAUACCUCGCAAUGGUGGUUUUCUGUAUGCCGCUCACCUCUGGACACUACUUAUAUUCAGACAGCAGGCGAAUUCAUGCACGACAUGCAAAGACAUACAUGUUAUACGUACUUAUGGUGUAAUGUUUUUUGGAGACCGAAGAGCUCCCUAACCGAAGGCCACAUUGCUGAGGCCACAUUGCUGUACAGACUUCAUGGUGCUGCAUGUUAUAUACAGCUAAAACGCGCAACACGAACGGUCAGAACGCGAGUGGUUGAUUGAUUGCCGUAGUGAAGGCUACACAGGCGGUUACAGCCAGAAGAACAGACGGGAAGUAUACAGACGGUUACGAAAUGUAUUUCACGUCGAGUAUAUCGAAGAAGAAUGCCACGAGAUCUAUUGUCUGCUCGUGUACCAUGCGCGCAGCACAAUAGUUAGCACAAUAGCCUCGUACUGUGCUACUGUUCUUCCGGAAUUUGACAGAAUCAUUGCAAAUUGACAGAAGCACUAUCGUCGUGAAGGUAUAUCCCGAGAAACAGCCCGAGACGCUUUAAUCUGCAGGUAACUUGUACCUGCAACACCCUACACAGCCUUCCAUUCGAAACUAAGCCUCGAAACCUCGUACAACCUGGCGCGCGCAACCCCCGACGAACCUGGCUGAACGUCGUCCCUCCUGGAUGUUGCCCCUGACUCGCUCGUCCCGUGAAAUCCCCGGAGUCUGAAGGGUGCCGGACACCAUGACCGUAGUUGACUUGGAUGCCACAGGUCAUGCGACCCAGCCUCAUCCUCAGCCUCAGAGAUCCAGGUCGGAGACCAGGUGCCGAACAUCAUUGCCCUUCCCGGAGGACAUCAACUCCUUCCGCAAGGAUUCCGUUAAGAGCCUACGCUGUUCUAGCGGAGACCUUGCCCCGUUGCCGGUGUACAGCAUCACCGUCCCUCCACUGCCUGCGUGUCGUAGCCAGUCUGAUGGUAUCCUGCAGGGCUGCCGGAGGUUUCCCACCUACCAGAGCACGGGCUGCGGGCGUGAGGACAAUAAACACACGAGACCGCGAUGCCAGUGGACGAACGACUCACCUAAGGCACUUCACAUAAUCCCUGUGUCCACUGUGAACGGCGGCAGCAGCGAUGGCGGCGGAGGUGAGUCCAAGUGCCCUCCGGUGGUUAUUCAGACGACUGCGAGCCUUAGUGGGAGCAGGGAUCACCUGGAAAAAGAUGAAGAUGAUGCGUUCGCUUCCGAGAAGUGGUACACCACCUGCGUGCAGGUCUUCUUUCCUUUCCUACUCGCCGGUAUGGGCUCUGUUGCGGCAAGUUUGCUCCUGGACUACGUCAAGGACUGGCCCGUCUACGGUGCUUACCGGGAACUCUUCGUACUCAUACCUCCACUUCUGGGUCUCAACGGAAACCUGGAGAUGACGCUGGUUGCAAGGCUAUCUACACAAGCAAACCUAGGCAACCUCGAUAAACUUCGAGAACAAUUGAAGCAAGUCGGAAGCAACAUGGCCCUUUUGCAGUGCCAGUCGACAUUGGUGUCCCUGACUGCCUGCUGUCUGGCACUGCUCAAGGGUCUGUUCACCGAUUACUCCAGUAUCACAUUCCUCUAUGCUAGCAUGCUGUUCGCUUGCGGGGUCAUCGCUGCGAACAUCGCCAGCCUCGUACUCAGCACCGUUAUGACGACAGUGGUGAUCGUCUCCCGCAAGUUGGGCAUCAAUCCCGACAAUGUGGCAGCACCUAUUGCAGCAUCCCUGGGGGACUUGACGACGCUUGCCUUGCUGUCUACCGUCAGCUCUAAGCUAUACUUAUGGAAAGAUUCUCCUUAUAUGACCCCAUCGGUAUUCGGCCUUUGUAUAUUACUUUUGCCAUUUUGGUUCUUCGUCGCUCAUCGCAAUACAAUGACUCGGACCGUGCUCACCGUGGGUUGGAUACCCAUCCUCACGGCAGUCGUAAUUUCCAGUUUUGGCGGCUACAUCCUGGAUUACUCCGUCAUAAAGUUUCCUGGCAUCGCGCUACACCUCUCAGCAGUAAACGCUGUGGGAGGCAACCUAGCAGCUAUCUUCUGCUGCCGCCUGUCUACCUUCUUGAACCGGUACGGGGAUCGGGGUGUCAUGCCUCCGCAAGACCAGACGAAAUGUGCAGGGCCCCUUACCAUCUUUUUCGGGCACCCCGAGAACGCGCGGGUGGCACGCAUCCUUCUCUUCAUCGUCAUACCGGGCCAGAUCAUUUUCGUCGUGGUGACGGACGUGCUUCGAUACGGCAGUAUUACCAUAUCUCCGCUCUUUGGCUCACUCUACGUUAUCGUCGCCCUUAUUCAGGUCGCGGUGCUUCUCAUGAUGUCUCGAACACUCGUUUACUGGCUGUGGUGGUGGAAGAUCGACCCGGACAACGCUGCCAUUCCUUUCAUCACGGCUGCGGGCGACUUCACGGGAACAGGGCUGCUAACUGUAGCCUUCUUCAUUUUAGCCGCCGUCAGCGAUCCCGUUGCGUCUUCCAGCCUUUGACCGGUGUCCGCUCCCUAUUCUUAGAUAACCAAGAACAAAAAAACACCCCAAGAUCUCACGAUAAUUUAAGCGCCACUAGAGGUGAUGGAAUGACUCCCAUAAUGGCGGCCUGUAAUGGGCUUUAGCGAUGUCUCCCGAGUUUAAGGGCAUUCGAGCAACGCUUGCCUUCUAGUCACCUGGCGAAACGCAACGACUCGUGCACAUAUUGUAAAAAGGAUUUCUUGAGUGUGUAUAUUGUUCGCGUCUCGAAGUGGACGCUCCAGUGACUGUUCCAGGCUAAUUACUUUUCACAGGGCGGUUCACGUCUUACCAUAUCAAGACUAACCAACGCUAUUACAAUAAAAUGAGUUGAACCAGCUGAAACAAAAACACGCUGUAUAGAGGGACUCUGAAAGGUGACCAGUUGGGAUAUACAAUGGUCGAUACUUAAACGUCUGCCGAAAAGUAGUGCUAACGGCGACUGAAUAAACGUCUAUUACAGAGCGG